AUCCACAAAGGCCAUCAAUAUCUUGAUGGGCACAGCAAAUGGCAUACAGAGUGCUAAUGCUGGGACUUGAAAGUGCCAUCUCCAGGUUCAAUCUUGCUUGGAUGUGUGCAUGGAGAGAAAAACGAAAUGGACAGAGGGAUUUAAGAAUAGGAGGAUCGUCACCUUUCUUCCGCCUGCAAAUGGGAACGUGGCUUAGGGAUUUGGCCAUAGUAGAUUAAAUCUAAGGCCCUCAUUUAUCUCACAAAUCCUCCCCAAAAGAGAAGGAAAGACACCAAUUGAGAGUUGCUGUUCUCAAGCAUAGUUAGAGGUUUCGAAUAGCUUUGUGGAAUUGCAUUUUAAGAGAUACUUAUUAAGGUGAAGAGGUAUGAGUUUUGGGAUUCGCAUGGGGAUUGAGAGAUCGUUAGAAUAAAUUGGCAAAAAUUUA